AGGGGGUACUUUGGAUUUGGGGAGCAGUAAUAAGGUUCUCCUAUGAAGGAAUGGGGGGAUAGGGUGGGAGGAAAGAAAGGGGGGCGGUGGUGAUGGAGGAGGGGAGGGGUGGACUUGACCAAGUGAGCGCCCGUGACCUGUUGCGUGCUGAUUGACUUAAGCCUUUCUCCCUGAUCGGAGCUGAGUGGUUUAUGUAAAUAGAGGAUUUUAAUUCUAUCGUCCUAGGUAGGAUGGACCAGCCCCCCUUGCCUCUGCCCUCAUGUCCAAUAAGAAGAGACCCAGCUUGACACCUGCCUAUAUACAGAGCGAGAGCUAAAUCUUCCACACUGAUCCCCGGGACAUAUAUAUAUAUGUAUAUAUCUAUAAUAUAUACACACAUAUACAUACUUGCCUCUCUCUAUAUAUGAGAGCUAGAGAAACUCCAAGGCGAGGAAAAGGGUGUGUGUGCUAGGAAAUCCCAAGAUCAUGACUUCUAGUAAAAUUGAGAUGCCUGGAGAGGUGAAGGCAGACCCCACCGCCCUGAUGGCAUCACUGCACCUUUUACCUUCGCCCACACUCAACCUUGAGAUCAAAUAUACCAAGAUUUUCAUUAACAAUGAGUGGCAGAAUUCAGAAAGUGGGCGUGUAUUUCCGGUCUACAAUCCAGCCACUGGGGAGCAGGUGUGUGAAGUUCAAGAAGCAGAUAAGGCUGACAUAGACAAAGCUGUGAGAGCCGCACGCCUGGCUUUUUCUCUGGGCUCCGUGUGGAGACGAAUGGAUGCUUCAGAGAGAGGGCGUCUCCUGGACAAGCUAGCUGACUUGGUGGAAAGAGACAGAGCUGUUCUUUCAACCAUGGAAUCAUUAAAUGGUGGCAAACCAUUCCUCCAAGCUUUCUAUGUGGAUUUACAGGGUGUCAUCAAAACCCUUCGGUAUUAUGCAGGCUGGGCAGACAAGAUUCAUGGGAUGACCAUUCCUGUAGAUGGAGAUUAUUUCACAUUUACAAGACACGAACCUAUUGGAGUGUGUGGACAGAUCAUCCCGUGGAACUUUCCCUUGCUGAUGUUUGCCUGGAAAAUUGCUCCAGCUCUGUGCUGUGGCAAUACUGUAGUCAUUAAGCCAGCGGAACAAACACCUCUCAGCGCUCUGUACAUGGGAGCCCUCAUCAAGGAGGCUGGCUUUCCACCAGGAGUCAUCAAUAUCUUGCCAGGAUAUGGGCCAACAGCAGGGGCAGCAAUAGCUUCUCAUGUUGGCAUAGACAAGAUCGCCUUCACAGGGUCUACUGAGGUUGGAAAACUGAUCCAAGAAGCAGCUGGAAGGAGUAAUUUGAAGAGAGUAACUCUGGAGCUUGGAGGGAAGAGUCCCAAUAUUAUUUUUGCAGAUGCUGAUUUGGACUAUGCUGUGGAGCAGGCCCACCAGGGUGUGUUCUUCAAUCAAGGGCAGUGCUGUACAGCAGGAUCCCGCAUUUUUGUGGAAGAGUCCAUCUAUGAAGAGUUUGUUCGAAGAAGUGUGGAGCGUGCCAAGAGGAGAAUAGUUGGAAGUCCUUUUGACCCAACCACCGAACAAGGCCCUCAGAUUGACAAGAAACAGUAUAACAAGAUCCUUGAGCUCAUCCAGAGUGGCGUGGCAGAGGGAGCCAAGCUGGAAUGUGGUGGCAAAGGACUGGGUCACAAGGGAUUUUUCAUUGAGCCUACUGUGUUUUCCAAUGUCACCGAUGACAUGCGGAUUGCCAAGGAAGAGAUUUUUGGGCCAGUUCAGGAAAUCUUGAGGUUUAAGACUUUGGAUGAAGUUAUAGAGCGAGCCAACAAUUCUGACCUUGGACUCGUUGCUGCUGUUUUUACAAAUGAUAUUAACAAAGCACUCACAGUGUCGGCAGCGAUGCAGGCUGGGACUGUUUGGAUCAAUUGUUACAACGCCUUAAAUGCUCAGAGUCCUUUUGGGGGAUUCAAGAUGUCUGGAAAUGGGCGAGAAAUGGGAGAAUGCGGUUUGCGAGAGUACUCGGAAGUCAAGACAGUGACAAUAAAGAUUCCCCAAAAGAACUCCUAAGAAGGGACAGGAGGAAAAGGGGGCAGACCAGCCUGCGUCAAGCCCCCUCAAUGUUCUCUGUGGGGCCCAGCACUCAGGAAUACAAAGUGUUACACAGUCUUUAUUUAAGAAUUUAAAUGAUAACCUAUAUGCCAGGCAAUUCAUUGCAUUUGUAAAGCAAACCAACCGUGCCAGGUUGACUGGUACUCUGUGAGAAACCACUUUAGUAUUACCAAAUAAUGAGAGGAAAUAGAACAAGGGUUAAGAACUACGGCCAUUGAACACAUUCAGCGUCCCUUCCUAGAACCUGGGGCCAAGUGAGGGAGCUGUUUCAUUGGAUGUCCAAAGGGCUUUCUUCUUGAGGAAUGGUGACCUUUUUCAUUUCCUUCAUUCUUUUUCUUCUCUUUUCUGCACCCCCCAACCCUGCCCCCCACUACCUUCCCUUCCCCCAAGAAGAGCUCCUCAGCUGAGCUCAUUUGGGGCAGAUGUUUGGGCCGGGAACAAUUUUCCAAGGUUUUGCAGCCAAAUUACCGUUUCAUGUUAUCCAUUUCUUCAAAGUGAAACAUGAAAUGGUUUUAGUUAGAGCCAGACCAGACUAGAAACGCCAAGAGCUGGUACACUGCAGAUGUAUUAAGAAGCCAGAAAUCAUGAUAUUCCUGACUUUCUCUGGUUUUCUUCCUAGCCAUCAGGCAAUAGGAGAUAGAAGUCAGGGAGAUGCCAAUCGAGCAGGCAGCGGGGGUCGUUCAGAAACUUCUGAGCUUCUGGUAGUCUUAUUUCUCUGUUGUUGAAUUUGUUUGCUUUUCAAAAUGCCUUCUAUGUUUCCUUCUAGAAAGAGGAAAGGAGAGGGACAAUAUUUUUCAUAGGUGGCUAAACUUUUUUUUAAACCCUUCCUUUCUGCCUUAGAACCAAUACUGUGUCUAAAUGGUUUAAAAAAUUAAUGAUCUGCAAAUACUGUGUAUUGGUUGUAAGGCAGUGUGGUAAAAGAGGGCUAGAUAGUGGGGGUUAAAUGACUUGCCCAGGGUCACACAGCUAGGAAAUAUGCGAGGCCAGAUGUGAACCCAGGACCUUCCAUCUCUAGGCCUGGCUCUCAAUCCACCCAGCUGUCCCCAGGAUUUUUUUAAAUCUUUUUUUUUUCCAAGCCAGACCAAAAAAAUAAUGAUAAUGAACAAGUUUAGGGGGACACGAAAAGAUGAUAUCAAACAGCAGAAAUAAUUCAGGUCUACUUUAUAUCAAUGUUUUGUUUUUUAAAUGAAAGAUCUGCAAAUCUGGAGUCUUUGGGCUCUUCAAGUUCCUGCACCCAUUCAAUAAGCUGCCCUCAAGUUUAACGAAUUUGACAUUGGUCCAUGGAGGCCUGCCAUGAUUUGAAUUCACUAGAGACAGACAAAGCCGGCACGUUUAUGGCUGAGCCCUAAUGUUUCCCUUCUGAAUAUCCCAGGUGCGCCAUAGUUCUCAUUCUUAGCAGCUUGUGUUGCAGACACCACUCCCAAAGCGUUUGUGCCCUGACAGUCUUCCCUUGACCAGACUUUCCAGCGAGGCUGGGUCUGCAAUGGGGGAAGCAUUCAAUAGGCCCUGCUCCUGUCACCUCCCAAACACCCACUCCCCUCCUGCUUCCCUGCAGGCUCUCCAUGGACAGUGUUAGCUGCCCCACCCCCAACCUUUCCUUCGUCUUCCGCAGCAUCCAUCCCCAUCUUCCAUCUUGAUAAAGAACAGCAUUUAUUUAAAAGUGCCAAGCCUAGCCUAGAGUAUGUGGAAUAAUGGGCAGAGUAUAUAUAGCCUUCUAUGUAACAGUUUUCUGCUUCCUAACCAUUCCAGUCUUCUAUUUAUAACUAUCGUCUCUUCAUGGAUCUUUCCAGGCCAUCUGUAUUGGCUGUUAGUGCAGAUGACGGUGCAUUCGCAAACCCUGGUCCCAAGACAAAACACCCUAUUUCUGAGUUCUUCAACUGAAUGUCAAGCUCUCCUACUGUAGCAUAUGUCUGAGCAAAAACGUCCACUAACCGACAUGUUGUCUUUGAACUGCGAUAGAGAAUGUGAAAAGGGAGAUUUAUUUCUUUUAAUUUACUUAAAAAGAAAACUUCUGUGCUAGCAAUAAAGCAUUUAUAUUGUGUA